AUGCCAUCCACCUCGAAAUACGGCUUCGACCCAAGCCUGAAGAACAUCUGGGCGUCCCCGAAGCAGAAGCCGUCGCGCGCCACCUCCGUGGCGCAACGAUUCCAGCACACCGGGCCGCAGCAGCCGGAUCCGUACCAAGAUUACUUUCCCACCAACACCGCCGACCUGAUCCCGUUCUUCAACACGGGCGUCAAGUUUGCCCAUUCGCCCAGGACAAAGUCCCAAAAUGCCUCGACGUCUUCCGGGCCCCCAAUCCCCGAAGAGGUACUCGACGAUCUGUGCUUCCGAUUUUUGAACAACCUGCCGCCUGAUGAGCAAACAAACCAGGUGCGCAUCUGCUUCCAAAUCGAGCUGGCCUUCUGGAUGUACCUCGACAUUUACUGCAAAGAUCGGGCCGAUUGCCAUACGCUCGGGAUGAAGGAGUUCUCGAAGCAAAUGUUCGCGAACUGCGACUUCCUGAAGGCGUUCGCCCGGGAUGUCGACCGCGUCGUGGACGAGUGGCGGCAAUACAAGUCGGCCGUACCGACCUAUGGUGCCAUCCUGCUCGACUCGUCGCUCAACUACGUCCUCCUCGUCCAGGGCUACUACUCAAAGAACAGCUGGGGUUUCCCGAAGGGAAAGAUCAACGAGGGCGAGGAGCCACGCGCCUGCGCGAUGCGAGAAGUUCACGAGGAGACGGGCUACGAUUUUGGUAUCGAUAGGCCGAAUGGGACAGAGAAGAAGCUGCAGAAAUUCAUCGGAGACACCAUGGUCCGCCUCUAUAUCAUCCCCGACGUUCCCGCCGACUACCCCUUUGCGCCGAUGACGAAAAAGGAGAUUAGAAAAAUCCAAUGGUUCAAGAUCUGGGAUCUGCCCCAGGACAAGUGGGACAACAAGGCGACGGCCACCUCUUCGAACUCGAGCAGCCGCUUCUAUACGGUGUACCCGUUCGUGUCCGAGUUGCAGCAGUGGGUGAAGAAGGAGCAGGCGAGGCGGGCGAAGGCGGCGACGAAGGCUCCCAAGCAGCCGCAAGGAAAAUCCCCGGUCGUGCGCACGAAAGACCGCAGCGCCUUCACCCCGGUCGUCCCGAAAAGCGUGAACGAGAAGAUGAACUCGGCGAUGGAGCUCAUCCAUCAGGAUUUAUCUCCAACAACUUCCACGCCUCGGUCUGACGAUGAACGCCGAAAAAUCACGCCUUCAGAUUCGCUGUUUCGACCGGUGGGCAACGAGCCGAAGGGGCUGACGGGGAGCGCCUUCAUGCACAUCUUUUCCACAGCACCACCCCCGGCUGUGCAACAGCCCCAAAACCUGGCGCAACCGGUCCCGCUGACCCCGAAGCUGAACACGCCGGUGUACACGGCCCCCAAGGAGGAGAUCGUCCAGAAGAAGAAGACCAAGCGCGUCAAGUCUGACUCUCAAACUCCAGCUCCGGCUACGGCAGGGGAGAUGGAGCAGGAGUUGAUGCGACUGCUGGGCAAGGAUUUGGCUGGAGAAAUGAUCGGUUCCGCUGGACCGAGCAGCCCGGAAACGAUCGGCAAAGGAGACGAUGAAGAUUUUGACGAUGAAGAGGAUGAUGACGCGGACAGCGUGCAAAGUGUAGCCAGCUCGACCUCAGCCCUGAUGAUCCAGGACGUCCCGCUGACUUCCCAGAUCAUUGCUGCUGAAGCGGCUGAGAGGAGAAUGAGCGAGGCACAAAACGUCGCGGUCAUCGAGGAGAUGGUACUUUCCGGAUUGCACCAACCAACGCACCAAGAGCCAUCUUCAUUCACCGACGCGCACUCCGCCUAUAUGCAACGAAAAUCCCUCACCGCGCUCGACAAGGCGCCGGGGAGCGCGCCGCGUUCCCGGCGCGUCUCGCACGUCUCGCAGAUGUCCUCCUUCAACGAGUCGCCCCAAAAUCUGCCUGGAACACCUCCAGUAUUCGAUUGGUCGGCGGCGAUGCCUUCGACGAGUACAGCCCACGGCCCGGUCAGCGACGCGUCAACCCAUUCCUCGCAGCACUUCACCCCAAUCUCCGUCUAUGACCUCUUCCAGCAGCAUCCGCAGAGAAACCCGAUCCGCCCCGAGCCGGGUAGCUGGUACCCGUCUACCACGACGACCACCGGCUUUAAAUGGUCUCCACGCUCUCACCAUCUUGCUCAAGCCGAACUUCGAGCCGCACCAAUUCUGCCGGCUGUCGAGGUGCAGCUAUGCGAAGCGUGGAAGGAUUUCAAGCUCGACUCGAACGCCAUCCUCUCCGGAUUGCCUGGAGCGUCU